CUCCCCAGGCCCGGUAGAAACCCCGUCCAGAGUGCGCCACUUUCUCCAAUCGUCCAUCAGGAGAGAUGGGGAGGCGCCGCCGGUUCACGCAUCAGCCCACCAGCGACGACGACGACGAGGAAGACAGAGCCGCCCCGCAGCCGCUCAGAACUACCAAGCCCACCGCCCCUCCCUCCUCGGGCGCCAAGAAGCAGCAGCGUCACCAUGCCGACGAGGACGACCUGGAACUCCAGGAAGAGGAGGAGGAUGAGAAAGACCUGGAGGAGAUGCGGAUGAACGAGGAGGAGGAGAGGCGGGAGGAGACGCAGACCCGCCGCCGAAGAGGGCGCAAACCCAAGCGCCCCGCCGAGGAGAGCGACGAGGAGCCGGAGGAGAAAAAUCCGGAAUCAGAGGAGGAGGAGGAGUCUCGCGAGGAGGAUAGCACGGAGGCGGUACCCGUCGGUGAACCUUUGAAGGUGACCGGCAAGGGGAAGAAACAACGGAGGCAUUACUUCUCCUUCGAGUACGAGGGCAACACCUUCGAGCUUGAGGACCCGGUGCUGCUCACGCCCGAGCAGCAGAAAGAGAAGCCCUAUGUCGCCAUCAUCAAGGAUAUAACAGAAAAUGAUGGGAGCUUAUCAGUAACUGGUCAGUGGUUUUAUAGGCCAGAAGAAGCUGACAAAAAGGGUGGUGGGAAUUGGACAGCAAGUGACACAAGAGAGCUAUUUUAUAGUUUUCAUAUAGAUGAUGUGCCAGCGGAGUCAGUUAUGCACAAAUGUGUGGUCCAUUUCAUUCCACUAAACAAGCAGAUUCCCAGUCGAAAGGAACACCCUGGAUUCAUUGUCCAAAAAGUUUAUGACACAGUUGCGAAGAAAUUGUGGAACUUAACAGAUAAGGAUUAUGAGGAUAACAAGCAACACGAAAUCGAUCUCCUCGUGAAGAAAACAGUGGACCGUAUUGGACAGCUUCCUGACCGUGAACCUAUAGAUGUACCUGCUGACAAUACUGAUCAGUUCUCAAAUAAACGUGGUCUACGAAAGAGACCUCCGAACCCUUUAGACGUGUCGAGAGAUACAACAGGCAAACCCGAGCAAUUCAUAAAAGCAGAGACACCUGGGAGUGAUAAUCUAAAGCAUUAUGCCAUCCUCGCCAAAUAUAAAGCUGUCACUAACGCUACUUAUCGCGAUAAGUGGCUUGAUAAACUAGUAGACACUAUUCCAUUAACAUCAAAAGAAGGUGAUGAGGCUUCUCAUGCUGAUGCUGGCAGUGUGGCCAACAUUUCAAAUAGCUCUUCAUCUGCAAGGGAUACUAGUUCCGGUGAUAAUGAAAAUUCAUAUGCACCAGAUGUGGUUGUUUCAAUAAUGGCAUCCUUAGAAAGGUCUACAUAUGACGCUCUUCAUGCUGACUUCCAGAAGUAUAAUCAGAAAAUGAGAAAAUUAGAAUUCAACAUCAAGAAUAGCCCUGUACUGCGCAGGCGACUGAUGAACAAGGAGCUUGACCCUGCAGUUCUUUUAACCAUGUCUCCAGAUGAACUAAAGGCUGGGUUGACACCAGCAGAGAAAACGUCUGAACCAGAAGAAGCAAGGCGAUUGCAGAUGACUGACGCACGAUGUGAAAGGUGCACAGAAAAAAGAGUAGGCAUUUCUGAUAUUAUUCAUGCUGGUCAUGGAGAUCGAUACCAGGGAACCGCUGGCAAGCACCAGCUCAACACCAUCGCUGGCCUGCUCUUGUACGCUAAGAGAGUUCUGGUGGACGGGGGCGAUGCCAAGCAGGAAAGUACCAUGGCCAAGAGUGGGAGACAGCGCGCUGUACGGACGCACGGAGGUCCUAAUCUCCUUUGCUUUGCUGCAGUCGCCGGUCUGUCGGGCUGCUGCAGAAGUUGUGGCCGCCGAGCAGCAAGGGAGAACUCGUGGUCGCCUUGGCCGCCGCCAGUAGCCGCCGUACAUGCCGCACUCGUACAUGCCACUACUGGCCGGGGACGCAGUUCGAAGGAGCUCGAAUGUAUUUCCUGUGGUUACACAUGGUUUUCGUCAAGAGAUGCCAUCUCAUCGCUGACGGUCGAUACUCCAAGUUCUGGUGGGAAUGUCGGUACCGCUCCCUGGGCGACAGCAAAGUUUGAUGUCCUUCAGAAGCAGCUAGUGAGCCCUCGGGAUCAGCCAGACAAUAAGGCAAGUGCUGAUGCUCUCCAGAAGAACGCGGUGGCAUCCAUGCCUAAACUUGAGAAACAGAAAUCAUUCAUCAAACCGAAGCCAGAGGAACCCUCUGCACCCACACUGGAGAAACAGAGGGCGUUCACCAAGCCAAAGCCGGAGGAACCCUCUGCACCUUCAGCUAGUCGUGAGUGAAUGAUCAUGGGCAUUGCUAUGUUUCAGAGAUUGUACCCUGGCAGCUCUUAAACAUGCCAACCUGCAGUAAAGCAUGAAUAGGAUGACAACACUUUCUUGUAGUCUAAGGUUGAGGCAGUUGCACAGCGUGUGUGUGACCAUCACUCGCGGAACUAGCUUCGCAUGCGCAGGCUAAAACUUUCGUUAAACUAGUUUCAUACUUCUAGAAGCUACUUUUGAUCUCACUCUUGUUACGGUUGGCACUAAAAAACAGUGGGGGGCAAGUGGUUAGCUCUUGGUGAUUUCUGUUCCGCCGUCGACGAGGCCGAGGUUGGGGAGCAAGAGCCACCGUAUUAGAUGAAGUAGUCAAACAUGCAAACACAGAGAAGUAGAGAGGGGAACUAUUUUAUUAAUGAUUGAUCUAUGUUACAAUAAUUGCUCCUCGUCUAAAUAUACAGGGAAACACUUUGUAUCA